UUCUUAUUCCAUUAGCCCGCCGUGAAACUUCUCUAUAUUUUACAUUCUCUGGUGCUGUAUCUGAUUUGUUUUUACAUAUUUUCUGUGAAUCAUGAUGUUUAAACAGCUGUUAUUGAUAGAUCAUGUGGUACAUUUUAAUGCAACACUGAAUUGCUCUCAGAGUAUUCCUCUCAUUUAAUUUCAUGGUGAUGUACGUAUGAUUGCCCCAUGUUAUACUAAAAAAUUUUCACCAUUUAUUAGCCACGACAAGACAAUUUUCUCAUUUCUUAGCAGACGUAUUUGAAAGGCAGGUGCAACUCGAGUAUACCACGUAGUGAAAAUUUUUGCAAUUUAAUUUAUUAAUGUUUUUUACAAAUUAUUGAAAAAUAUUUGAAAAUAUUUCAUCUACGGCUAUGUUUCAUACUAUAUAUAAGAAAAUAUAAUGUGUGAACAGUGUUUCUAAAGUCGGUUUAUGUACGAGUAUAUGCAUGUAUAUAUAUAUUCAUAUGUGUUCAAAGAAAAGUUAUUCGAAGUGUGAGUGCUAAUUGUACAAUAUACAUAUACACAUCGAAAUAACAACGCCUACAUUUUCAAAGUAAAAAUUUAUAGGAAAAAAUAUGAAAUAGGAAUGAAAUGGUUAAUCCAAAACAGUAAUAUAACCAUGAUAUUAAAGAAGUUUUACUCUAUUUACCAGAAUUUAACACAGCGAAAUUUAUGACAAUUAAAAUGAUGAAAAAGUGCACAUCAUAACUUACUCAUAAAAUAAUUAAGUUUCACACCGAGAAGAAGUUUUUAGAGUUGUUAAAUAUUAAAACACUACAGUUUGCAUAACAUGUGUUUCUCAUCAUAAAUCAAAGGACAAAAUAACGUAAAAUAUGCUAUGUGAGAGAAGCUGAAACCAAUUUACCCUUGGAACAGAAUACUGAUUGUUUUAUUGCAUAUUUUGGUUGGUUGGUGGUUUGUUUUUGGUUGAUAAACAUUUGUUACAAGAAUAACGCCAAUGCAAGAAUGUAAUGUAUCUAGUUCAUGUCUACAACCUUUUUGUUUGGGAAUUUACACAGAGUUGCAACUACAAUACUACUAAACCCUCAGACUCAUUUAGUGAAUAUUGUGGCUAGCAUCCAACCAAUAAACAAUUACAUAUAUAAUCAACUUGCAUUAAUCUACCUUACUCGCAGGCUGGCCAUCGCCUAGGCAUUAUAUCAAUAAAAUAAAGGUAUUUGCAAUCGCUAAAACAACUUUCGUAAAAUAACGGUAAGUUGCAGUCAUGUUGAACCCUAAUCACACGGGAGCCACGCGACGUCCUUUCUCGCGGAAUGCACUGUCUCGGAAUCAACGUUGCCGUCUGCUAUUCUCCCCGCAUAAUCAAUCGCAUCACUUGCUGCAACAACAGCAGCAGCUACAUGUACAACCCCGAAGUGGAAGCGGAAAUGGCAACGGCAACGCGGCUAGCAGUAGCAGUACCAGUUCCACGACCGGACAUGGUGGACAGUGGUAUAGUAACAAGGAUAGCAAUAUCGACAACUGGAAUACACUCGGCGAUACACAAACAAGUAAUAAUAAUAGUGGAAGUUGUACUAAUAAUUGCCAAGGAAAUUACUAUUGCCACCACUACCAACACAAUAACCACCAUUUCCAUCACAGUCACAAUCUUCAAAACCAUAAUAAUUAUAACGAUCAUAACCCUCACCAAUAUUGCCAUAAUCAGCUGUGUCCAAUUAGUACCAAUUAUAAACGUUGUCCUAAUCAUCAUCGAUAUAAUCAUAAUAGAAUACAUCAAAGCCACAAACAAAAUCGAACAACACCCAAUCACUGUCAAUAUCAAACGCAAGAGUAUACAAAUCAGCAGUAUAGCUACAAUAUCUCUAUAAAAGAUUCCACACUCAUGCUGAGUUUUGCAUCCGCUUCACCAGCAGCAUUAUUGUUUCCAGUUACCGUAAACUCCAACGACAAUUUUCUGCACUUCCCUAAUUACAAUCCCAAUCUGCCGACCCAUUCACGAAUUCGUGAACGUUUGAAUAAUAUUACGAUCUCAUCUCAGUCAUUCGCUGUUUUUGAUAUGAAUAGAUAUAUGACUGAUUAUUCAAUGAUAUCAAGUGAGAAACUCAACAGCCAGCUUUCAUCUCUCCAGAUUUCCCAUCCAAAUAGUGCAGCUUCAGCUAGUAUGUCCAUGUUGAUAACAACUUUUGAAUCUUCUAGUAAUUGUCAAGAACCGCAUUCAAGUCCUCAAAUUAAUAAAAUUUUAAAUAUAAACAACUAUAGACACAUACCACCAGAUCGAUGCCAAAGUCGUAACAAAAUUUACAAUCGCAGCCGACAAUUAUACGGCAAUCUUGGCCACAAUCAAAAUCUGUUUUUGCAUCACGCUAACCAUAAUCAUUAUCACAAUGCAAUUAAUUCAUAUAGCAAUAGUGACAAUCAUAGUAGACAUUAUCAUCAAUAUAAUCAAAGUAAAAAUCACCAUCACCACUCGAGCAAAAUCCCAACAUACCAACAUCACAACCACAACCAGAAUAUACCGACUAAUCACCAAUCCUACCUCCUGCUAACAAACACUAAUAUAAUUUUCACAUACACUACAAAGUCUACAACAACAAUUGAAAAUAGUAAUUGUACUGAUGAUGUGAAUGUAACUUCUUGUACUGACAUAAUUUCUCGACGGAAAUCAACACGUCCACCAUCGCCUUCACGACACCAACAAAUGAUGCACCAACUUUUGAACAACCACCACAAAAAAUUGCGCCGAACAAAAUUUCAAUCCGAACAUCGUAUGUUAAUAAAAAUUACAAAAAUGACAAUCACAUCUGUAUCAUUUUCAAAACAUCAAUCACAACAACGGCUUCUAUCGCAACAUCCACGCACUGUGACUGCAUCUCUAAUGUCUUCUCGAUAUUUAUCGACAAUUACCACACCAAUGUCACCUACAAUGGUAUCUAAACGAUUAAUAUGUAAUGAAAAAAAUAAAAUAACAUCAAUAAUGAAUGCACUUGUCAUAAUGAUGACAACAACAAUGCUCCCACCAUCUAUGGGGAUGGCAACAAUAUCUGCAACUUCAACAUAUUCAACGAUAACUUCAACACCGUCAAUUAUUCAAAAACCACGAAACCUCGAUCUCAUUCGAAACCCACCCUUUUCCGAUUUCAUUUCUACGCUUUCUAAUUGUAAUCAUUCCACAUCUAUUUCUACCCGAAUUUCAACUUUUGUGCCCGUUUUUUCCAACGAUUUUUUCACAUCUAUUUCUGAAAUGUCUACGAUCUCAUUGGGAACAUCGUAUGCUCUUGAUUUUGCAUCUUCCUCCAUCUUGACGUCGGCGCGCGUUAUCAAACUGAAUUCAACAAAUAACGAAAACAAUAACAAUCAUAAUCACAUUCUAAAUAAACAAAAUUACAAUAAUAAUAAUAAAACACAUUUAAAAUACUCAAACGAUUGCGAUUCGACUUGUGGUACCGCCAAUGGUAAUAAUAUUAAUAACAACAGUAGCAACAACAACAACGUCAACAAUAAUAACCAUCAUCAGCAAUUCAAUAAUUUGAGUAUGGGACAGCAAUCUCAUCUACGGCAUAUACGUUUUAGCAAUAACGGGCGUGGCAUGGAUAAUGGCAGUAACCAUAAUGAAUAUAAUAUUAGUAACAACAACAAUUACCGACGAGGGGGAAACCAAAGUAACAACAGUAGUGGCAAUAGUAUCCCGAUGAUGAUCCAUCGUCACAAUAAUGAAUAUUAUGGGAAUAAUCAUCACAAUUAUCAACACCAUCAAUAUAAUGAACAUAGUCGUCGACACAAUGUCAUUAACGGCAACAACAAUAAUAACAAUAGCAAUAGCAGUAAUGCGUCUAACUCAGGAUUAUUUGAUAGAAACCAUAAUAAUAAUAAUAGUACCAAUAACAAUGUAAAUGUAAAUGUGAACGGGAACGGGAACAAUGGCUGCAACAACAACAGUGUGCAUUUUGAUGGACUUAGUGGCAACAACCAUUCGCGGAGUGUUGAUUUCCACACUGACAAUCGCACAGAACGUGGCAGUAUAGCCGAGGCUACUAAUAAUGGCAGUGGCGGUAACUUUAGCUACAUCUCGGGACGAAAUAAUAGCAAUUAUGGGCGUAACGGUCACCAAAAUAACAGUUCUGGUAAUUACGGCUACCAUCAUCAUCAUCACUAUAGCAAUAAUGGGCCAUCAACAUCAGGAUUAUCAGGCUUUAGCGGUAGUGUCUCCAACCUUUUUGAUGGACCAAGUGGCUCUUCUGGUAUUAUGGGAUCCUCUUCUUCACUAAAUAGUGGCCCCCAUGGGUUGAAAUCCGACAGUCCAUCGCGAAAGAGGCGUCGCAUCUCUGGCCGCAUGCCCAGCCAGUCACCGCCAGCGAUAUGGGAGCAAAGACGUUCUCCUCGCAAUCAAAUGCAGCAGGGAAGUCCUCCGAUACGCCGCCCCCGUCUGCAUGAUGCUGGGUCAUCUCAUCAUAACCGCGGCAUUCAUGGUAGCAACAAUAGUGUUUCGGGUAAUAGUAUCAACAACACGAAUACAAAUAACGUUAGUGGAAACCAUUUGCAAAGUUAUCACCAACCACAGCAUUCAAUACAAUCCACGCCAUAUUACCUCCGGCAGCACAUGCCACCUCCACCCGCUCUACAACAACAACAAACACCAUCGCCGCCAACGCAUCAUCAACCACAGUCCUUACCACAGCCACAAUUACAGCAACGUUCACCUUGGGAGCACUCAUUAUCUGCUGCUGCAGUUCUAACUAGCUCGAACCAAGCGCCUGCAGCCGUGAACGCUUAUAUGCAGCAAACUCCACCACCACCACAGUCCCCUGGUCAUCAUCACCAAACAUCCUUGGUAGGAGCACCACCGCCACCCCCACCUUUGAUGUUGGACAUCAAUCAGGUUCCUGUCAGUCUUCCUUUACGUCACGCCGAGCCUAUAUGGGCCUCUAUAUGCACUUAUCCAGCGCCACCGCCUCAAGCAAGAAUAGCACCUUGUCAUCUGCAUGGUAUUUAUACACAACCGUUCGCAUCUCAAGCAUGCAAUACACAUCCCAGUGCUCAAUUCACGCAAGCCACGACUAGUUUCGCUGCUACCGCCGGUACACCAAUUCAAAUGCCACAACCACAACAGGUCCAGGUUAAUGCAGCUGCAGCCGCACAACAACAACACACACAACAAGCUGCCGCCCUUAUGGCAGCUGCUUCGGUUGCCGCGGCUAACUACCAACAUGCUCAAUUUACCCAACAACAACGUACGGAGGCUACUGCAGCCGCUGCGGCUGCUGCUGCUGCCGUAGCUGGUUUAUCUCUAGAACAAGCCGGCGCUCAUCACCUAGACCCCCAUCAAGGACAUCAAGCUGCUGUACCGACUCCAACGGCACAUCACAAUCAAUUACAAGCCACACCAAUUCAUAUAACCUCCAUGUCAGCAGUUGCGGCUGCAGCAGCACACCAUCUGCGUACUACUGCAACAGCAGCGGCUCAAAUGUCUGCUGCACCUCAACCGAUCUUGCUCUCUGCAGAGAGGCGUGUUUUUCCACCACAUCGUCGUAUUACCCGUUUUUGGCCAGCAAGUCAUCCACACGGACCUCACCGACAUAUGCUUUCACCACAAACUUUGGGACCACACCAAGCGACACCUGUACAAAUUCAGACGACAACUGGAAUCAUUAAUCCGGGCUUUUUACUUAAUUUCCUUGCCAUGUUCCCGCUCUCACCUUAUAAUCAACAUGAUCUAAACUCACUAGAUUCAAACGAAACGGAAAAUUACGAAGCUUUGUUAAGUUUGGCGGAACGUUUGGGUGAGGCUAAGCCACGCGGAUUGGCGCGAAAUGAAAUCGAUCAGCUGCCAAGCUAUAAGUAUAAUCCAGAUACCCAUAGUGGUGAUCAAACGUCUUGCGUUGUUUGCAUGUGUGACUUUGAGUUAAAGCAAGUACUCCGAGUGCUACCUUGUUCACAUGAAUUUCAUGCAAAAUGUGUGGAUAAAUGGCUAAGGUCAAAUCGAACCUGCCCCAUUUGUCGGGGUAAUGCUUCGGACUACUUUGAAAAUCCAGAGCAGCAUCAACAGCAACAGCAGCAAACUCAACAGACACAGUCUCAAAUCCAACCACAAUCUUCAUCGCAACAAUCUCAAACGCAGCCAGCAGCUACAACACAAAAUGCGAUUUCAGGAGCGGCACAGCCGACAGCCCAACAACAAACACAAGCAACCCAUGCACAUUAAUAUAAUGGAAAAAAGGAUAUGGAAAGAAAAAUAAGUCAGUAUGCAAAAUACAAAUAUUAUAAUGUAACGGUAAUUGAUUUUAUUGUAAACUUAAACUCUUACCAGUCAGGCACUAUUCUAACGUCCACGUCCAAUAGAUGUAUUUGUACUUCUUCGCGUUUCCAGUGAAAGAAACUUUAAGAUAAAAAUGUAUUACAAUCUAAAUGAAAAAUAUAAGAUAUCUAAAAUCAAUCACAUACAUACGCUAUUGAAAUUGAAAACUCCUAAAGGCACGUGUUUA